GACGUGCUUGUUUUAUGUCGGCGUCGUUCUGUUUCUAUUCUUAACUCGUCUGUAAAACUACAAAAUUUUACUUUGUAAUGUUGAAAAAAAGUUAGAUUUUCAGCGAUGACAGAAGAAUAUGGCAGAGAACGAUCUUGCUGCGUUCAGGGAGCGUUGGAAACGAGAGUUAUCGAGUAAAAAGGGGGAGCAACGACUGGUUUGUGCGCCUUCCUCUUCCCGGGAUAUUGAUGAACAGUUAGGCCAGAGAAACUUAAAAAAUCUUAACAAGGCCGGUAGUCAUUCAAAGCCAAAAGAAGGUGGUUGCACUGAGCAUGUUCGUGUAGGGGGAAAACCUGCUGCUCUUGCUGCUGCCGCAGAGACAGAGAAUCAGCCUCAGUAUGUGUCCAUUGCAAGUAGUUUGCUGGAUGGAAGGACCAGCCCUCUGUUGGACAGAAUUGAGGAGGAGAGGAGCAGGAGAAAGAGGCAAUAUCAUAACAUGACUAAUGUCUGCAGCGCAUCCUUGCAGCAGCAGCCUCAGGGAAAGGUCAAGAAAGAAGAAGAGCUGGUAGACCAACUCAUUCAGGAUCUGAAUGAAGUCAAUGACAUUCCCUUCUUUGAUAUUGAGUUGCCGUAUGAGAUAGCUUUGAAGAUAUUCCAAUAUCUCAACUGUGCAGAACUAGGCCGAUGUGCCCAGGUGAGCAGGGCAUGGAGAGUCCUUGCAGAGGACUCCGUUCUGUGGUUCAAGUUGUGCGUGAGGGAUGGUUACCAUCAGAAUGCCAGCAUGUCUGACUCGCCCUGCUGGAAGAGUAUGCUGCGAGACUGCAGGAACUCUUCUAAAACGGUGCGCUUCAACUGGAAGAAUCGAGUGGGAUCCAUCAGCCAGCUGCAGUUCGAGUUGGGGAAGGUGCUGUGUGACGUCAGCUCCUAUGACAACUUCGUCUUAGCUGGGUACACGUCUGGUGAUGUGAGGCUGUGGGAUACCCUCCACUGGGACUCAACGUAUGGAAAGAGUAAUGUUUGUCUCAAAUUUCAGAUCCACAUCUACAGCCUGGAGAUGCGCAAACCGACAGUUUCUGUGGGCAACUCACCGGGAGAUUUCACUUGCAUCAACUUGAGAGACAGCUCUCCUCAUCUGCUGGUGUGUGGGAACAAAGACAGGAGGGUGAGGGUGUUUGACCUAAGAUCCGGCUCUUCUGUCGCAUCUCUGUACGCCCACCACUUGGGGGUCACCUCUGUGCAAGCGGAUGACUGGAAGAUUGUGAGCGGCGGAGGCGAGGGAUUGGUGUGUGUCUGGGAGAUGAGGAUGGGAGCGAAGCUAUGGGAGAUGCACAACAGGCAUCCUGUAAGGCAUGUGCGCUUCAACACCAGCACUCUGGUAACAGCCAACAUCCCUGAUGACAAGUCGCCACGGGGAGCUUGCAUCACAGAUGAUGACCUAACAGCUCAUCGCAGACACAGAGGAGUCAUCUGCCACUAUGACUUCUCUGAGGACGCCCUGUCACAGGAUCACAUCCUGCCCAUCUGCAGGUCUGACUACAUAGAGUCUUCUGGCUACAACUACAACAUCAGCCUAGCAGUGCCUUACGACAGGCUGUCUGGUUCCCAUCCGUCCCAAUGACACGCAGUUUUCCAGACUGCAAAUGGACUUAAUUGACUGCAAUUGAAAAGACAGUAACAUUUAUCAGUUUGAACCUUUAAACUCUGUCCUUUUAUUUAACAGGUCCUCUUUCAUCAUCCUGAUCAAAUCAAGGCUAUUAAAAUGUAGUAGUGUUUGUGUAUUGUAUAUAUCUGUUGCAUAGGUAUCUCUAUGUUAUUGUUGAAUCUAGCUGCCCGAUGAAACACUGGGUUUGAUGUAGUCCAACAUCACAGGAAUAAAGUCAUUUUUACCUCAUUUAUGCAAAUCGUUUUAAUAUUUUUUCCUAUUAAAAAAAAUGUACACAA